AUGCCAGGGAUCACACUAGGAGACACGGUGCCAAACCUAGAGGUAAAGACGACACACAAGAACUUCAAGCUUCAUGACUACUUUUCCGAUUCGUGGACUAUCCUCUUCUCUCAUCCCGGAGAUUUCACACCCGUAUGCACGACGGAGCUUGGUGCCAUGGGCAAAUACGCUCACGAGUUCGAGCAGAGAGGUGUCAAGCUCCUUGGUUUGUCUUGUGAUGAUGUACAGUCCCACAAAGAGUGGAUCAAGGAUAUUGAGGCCUUUACGCCUGGAAGCAAAGUGACGUACCCAAUAAUAGCUGAUCCAAACAAAGAGAUCAUUCCUCAGCUUAAUAUGAUUGAUCCAAUCGAGAACGGUCCAUCUCGUGCCCUUCAUAUCGUUGGUCCUGAUUGUAAGAUAAAGUUGAGUUUCUUGUAUCCUUCCACAACGGGACGUAACAUGGAUGAAGUGUUGAGGGCCUUAGACUCGUUGUUGAUGGCGGCCAAGCAUAAGAACAAAAUAGCUACUCCGGUUAACUGGAAACCGGACGAGCCGGUUGUGAUUUCACCAGCCGUUUCGGACGAAGAGGCUAACAAGAUGUUUCCUCAGGGUUUCAAGACUGCCGACCUUCCCUCCAAGAAAGGCUACAUACGUCUCACUGAUGUUUCUUAA